AUGGGAGAAAUUCCAGGCCCAGUCAUUGAAAGAACCGUAUCGGCCUAUUUCAGCGAGUCGGGGACGGAGGGCUUCCUUAUGCGGCACUGGCAGACCAACUUCAUCAAAGGACAGGAAAAUCCCGCCUACCGGCUUCGAGAAGAUUUUUUUGUACAAUCUCGGCCACGUCUAGGUCUCGGUUGGAAUUCCCCGCUUUUUCGCUACAAUCAUCGAACCAAACAAUUCGACAAAUACCUGUCAGAUGUCCGUGUAUCUGGAGUAAGCCAGCCAGUCACUGACUCUAUCAUUGCAGACGUGCUGCGAUGUGGUACAAACAUGCAAUAUGCUCGGACCUUUGCAGGAAAUCUACAUACCAAGUUGAAGGACCUGGCGUCCGUCUUUGCCUUGCGUGAUGCCAUUGCUGUUAGCCUAUACCAUCUGGAGCGCCAAAUCAUCGGCCAUUCAGAUAACGUUGCUCCCCUCUUACAAGCGACCAUAUUGUUCAAUCGCUGCGGAGACCUGAUCGAGGCCUUGGCAGAUAUUGUAAGGGCAGUCGAAAAGGCCAACUCAGAUGCCCAGCGUUCUUUGCCCAGAAGUAUGGCUGGAUGGAAAAUUAGUGUGCAAGAAAUUGUUGUUCGGGUGACUGAACCUUGGCUAGCAUUCAUUGAAGGCUGGAUUGGGCUUCGACCCGAGGAAUCAUCACUGAAACGAACUAUAAUUAACGGCAAAACGUUCCUUGAAGUCGAGCGACACGAUGAUCCGACCAAGUUCAAGACUGGUCGCUCAAGGGUUGAAUACUCGUAUCGUCAAGAACAUAUGCCGUCAUUUAUACCUGUUGAUCAGGCGCAGCUGAUUUUCGAGAGCGGCAGAAGUCUGCGAUUGCUUAAAAAGUCACACCCGCAUCACCCUAUUGCUCGGCAUGACGUUCUUGCACGGUCCGGUCAUCUUCAUUUGCACUAUUAUGAAGCGAAGCUUCGCGCCGAGAUAUUGAGAUACCAUAGGGGAGAAUUGACAGAGACAACAUUCUUCGAGCCCUCUGCCCAGGACCUUGAGAUUAACAAUGAUGAAAUCGUGGGAAACACUUUUGAAAUCUUUGACAUUGACGACAAGAAGCAUGUAUCGGACGUUGCGAUGAAUCAAACAACGCUAUCGAACGACAGGGUCAGUGACAUGCUCCAGAAAGCCAGGGGCGAGCUUGGUUUCAGUGAUGCAGGAACACGUUUUGGGCCUGAGUUGGCAUCUGAGUCUAUCUAUCAUUUGCUCCAGUAA